AAAAUAUCAAAAGCAGUAAAUUUUGUGUACCUCAAACAAGUUUGUCAGUUUUGAUGAUGGUCAUUAUUUAUAAUGAGUAGGUAGGUGACACUUUGUAUGUCCACACCUGAUUGUUUUACCUGUGAUUUACAGGUGUUAUUACAGGUUGCAUCAUAUAUUACCUGAGAUUUAUACACCUGAUUGAACAGAUAUGGGGUAAUCAAUUUGGAAAGUGAAAUUUCAAGGAUUUAUUUUUAGCCGGAUUAUUAUAGGGAAUCUACAUGUAUUGUAAUGUAUAUCAUGUAUAUUGCAGAAUGUGUUGUUUUGUUUGCAAUUGAUGGUGUAUAUUCUGGGACUAAUAGAUAUUCAAUGUAUUACUAUAAGUUCCAGACUUGAAAAAGGAACAUGAAAAUGGAGAUUUUACUGGUGACAUUACACCUAGUAGUGUUUGCGGCUGCAGAAUUGACUUUCAUUAAAGAUACUUAUCCAAAUCCUAACUCCAAAGAGCCUUUUCGUCACAUGAUCAAAGAUAAAGCCACAGGAUUUAUUUAUGUUGCUGGAGUCAAUAAAAUUAUACAAUUAAAUGAAAAUUUUACAGUGCUACAGUCCAUAGGAACUGGACCACAGCUAGAUGAUAUAAAUUGUUUUCCACACGAAUUAAACUUGUGUAAAACCAAAAAGAUGACCGAUAGUUACAGCAAAGCUCUCAUGAUUGACGACAGAGGAAAAAGGCUCAUAGCUUGUUCAAGUCUCUUCCAAGGUUCAUGUAAAAAAUACCAUUUGUCAGACAUUACUAAAUUUGAUAAUGACUCUUCUAAAAAUAAGUACGUAGUUGCAAAUAACGCAACAGCAAGUACUGUUGCUUUCAUAGCACCUGGUCCAGCAGAAGGUGGUCAGCUUUCACAGCCAAACGUUAUGUAUGUUGGAACAACUUAUACCACUUCUGGUUAUAAAUUCAUAAGAGAUGAUAUUCCAGCAUUUUGUACUAGGAAUAUUAACACACUUGAUAUAGCUUAUAAAGGUCCUUUUGUGAAGUCCUCAAAAUUUGUUGAAGGAACUCAUCGCCAUACCUUUUUAGUGAAUUAUGUAUAUGGUUUUUCAUCAGAUUCUUUCAGUUAUAUGGCGACUGUGCAGAGAGCAAGCACUGCAUCAGAAAAAUACAUCUCAAAGUUAAUUCGUGUCUGUCAAAAUGAUAAAAGACUUUAUUCCUAUACAGAGGUUGAACUCGUCUGUGAACAUAAUGGAGCUAAAUAUAAUUUACUGCAGGCAGCCCGCUUAGCUAAACCUGGGAAAUUGCUAGCUGAAGCUUUGGGCAUAACUAUGUCAAAGGACGUUCUCUUUGCUACAUUUUCUAUAGGUAAAGCAGGUUCAACAGAGGCUUUAAAUGAUACAGCUGUCUGCAUUUACCAAUUAGAAACAAUCAAGUCAAUAUUUACUAAAAAUGUUAGAAAUUGUUUUAAUGGAGUUGGAAAUACAGGACCUGAUCACAUUGUAGAUAGAGCGCCAUGCCAGAAAGCAGAAGGUUUUAUUGAACAGAUAACUUUGGAUUACUGCAGAGAACUGGAUUUCAAUUACCCCAUAGAUGGGUUGGAUCCAAUAUCAGCGAGUGCAGCCCUGACGCUGAAAACAAAGGUGUCAGCAAUAACAGUUGCUGUUACUCAUGAUUACACAAUAGCCUUUAUUGGUACACAAAAUGGACAUAUUAUAAAGGUGGCCAUUGAAUCUCAAGAACUAGCCCACAUGUAUAAAGAUCUUGUGAUUGAAGCAGGGGCUAGGAUCCAUGAAGACAUGGUGUUUGAUAUGGCAGAGAAUUAUCUGUUUAUUAUGACAGACAAAAAGAUAUACAAGUUGGCAUUACAAGACUGUAGUCAGUAUAAAAGUUGUGGUGCAUGCAGAGGGGCAAAUGAUCCAUUCUGUGGCUGGUGUUCUUUGGAAGACAAAUGUAGUGUUAGAGAACAGUGUGAAUCAAAUGAGUCAGAACUAAGAUGGCUGGGCUACAAAGGAGAAACGUGUACAAACAUUACAUCUGUUUACCCAGACAAACUUCAGAAGAACAACAAAGUUUCCAGGACUACAAGUUUAACUUUAAAUAUCUCCAAUCUACCAACAUAUGAGCCAUUAAAUGUUGUGUGUCAAUUUUCUGGAUAUAAUACUGUUCUAUCUACCAAAGCGAACAGGACAUCAUCAAACACCAUGACAUGUGAAACACCAUUGCCAAAUCAGCUCCCAUCAUUCCCUGUUGGUGCAGAUCACAUAAUUAUGAAGUUGUCUGUUGUCAUUGACAAACGUUUGUUUGUGUCCACUAACUUCACCUUCUUUGAUUGUGAGGUACACAGUGAUGAUGCAUGUUACAAGUGUAGUCUAAGCAAAUUCAACUGUACAUGGUGUAUCAAGAACCAUAUGUGUACAUAUUAUCCACUUCAGGAUUGCAGUGAAACAGAUGAGUUUGUAGCAGCUUUGAAUAGUGGAGGAUUUUUACAUAAGCAUACAGUUGGACCAGAAAAAUGUCCCAGGAUUAGUAAAGGACAUCCAGAAAUACUGGUACCCUCUGGAAACUACAAAAAAGUAGUUCUGUUUGCACAUAACCUCAGGGCAUUUCAGUACCCUAUCUACUGUUACUUCAGCAUAGGAUCUGGAAGAAUUGUUACAGCUCGUCUUAUAUCACACACAGAGUCAGAAAAGAUCGUAGAAUGUGAAAAUACUGAGUUUUCAUACAUUGAGAAUACACAAACUUGGAAUGUGCCAUUCAAAAUAACAUGGGGUUCCAAAGACUUGAACAAACCAUUUGAUAAUCCUGGUGACGUACAAGUAAAGAUGUAUAAAUGUGAGAUGAUGGGUAACAAUUGUGGAUCCUGUUUGAUCAUCCCGACAGAUUACAAUUGUGGCUGGUGUGAUUCUAGAUGUAGUAUCCAGGGCGAUUGUAGAGACUCCAUCUGGUUACAUAGUUCUUCUACUUGUCCUAACCCUAAGAUCAUUAGUAUAAAUCCAGUAUCAGGACCAAAGAAUGGUGGGACAGAGUUGACAAUCAUCGGAGAAAAUCUAGGCAGAACUUAUGCAGAUAUUGUCAGUUAUGUUGAUGUUGCUGGAAUAUCUUGUUCACCACUUAGAGACAAAUAUCAGCCACCUAGCAGGAUUGUUUGUGAGACUGGGGAAUAUUUUGAGGGAUUUAAACAAAGAGGACCAGUCCGUGUCACAGUCAAUGGACAAUACCUAGCUGAAUCCAAACAGAUAUUCUCUUAUGUGACACCUAACAUAACCAGUUUAUCCCCCAACCAAGGAGCCAUGUCUGGAGGGACUGAGAUAACAAUCACAGGACAGUCAAUGAAUGCAGGGACUAACAUAUCAGUCUCUAUAGACAAUAUACCAUGUACUUUGAUCAAGAAAACAAGAGACAAUGUGAUCUGUGCAACGCAAGCUUCAAACAAAACAAAGAUUGGGAGACUUACCAUGACCUUUGACUUGCAGACAAUAUCUAGUCCUUUAACGUUUACAUAUAUGGAGGACCCAGUCAUUUAUGUUGCAAAACCUUUGAAAACUAUCAAAAGUGGAGGUAUGCCUUUGAAUGUAACAGGUCAAAGGUUACAUAUCAUUCAGAAUCCAAGAAUAGUUUUCUGGGGUGAAAACAAAGAAACAUACGAAGGGGAUUGUUACAAGGGUUCAACUGUACAAGAAAUGACCUGCUGGACACCAUACGUGGCCAUCAACUUUACACACCGUAGAAAGAGGUCAGAAGAACAGGAAAAGACCCCAUUCAUUGUCUUAGAGUAUGGUUUUAUGUUAGAUAAUGUGAAAGCCUAUCAGAAAUUCGGUAACAUGACUGUCUAUCCAGACCCUGAAUUUGAGGCCUUUAGUCCCAGUACCAAGAUAUUCUCAGGUGGAAGAACUAAUGAUUUUCUGACAAUUGGUGGUAAAUAUUUGACAGAUACUGGCUUUGUGCACAACCAGGUCAAAGUUCAGAUUGGUAAGGGCGAAUGUGAAGUUAAAUCCAUACAGUUCUUACUGAGUUGUAAACCUCCUAAGAAUCAGCCGACGGCUUUGGGUGGUGGACAAUAUCCAGAAGUUAUUAUAAGUGUUGGCAAAAAUCUGACAGUAACUUUAGGAAACCUGAAAUAUGGCGAGAACGAGAUUGGUCUUCCUACAAUGUAUAUUAUCCUGAUCAGUGCUGGUGGUGGAUUGCUGCUGUUGGUUGUUAUCAUGGUAUUGUGUUUGUACAGAGUCAAAUCAAAGAAGAAUGACAGCAUGAUGAAAAAGAUGCAAAAUCAAAUGGACAACUUAGAAUUGAAAGUCGCUAAAGAGUGCAAAGAAGCCUUUGCAGAACUUCAGACAGACAUGACAGAGUUGACCAAUGAUUUGUAUGGACAGGUAUCCAUACCAUUCUGGAACUAUCAGACUUAUUGUAUGAGAGUUUUGUUCCCACAAGACAAUACAGUUGAUCAUCCAGUUAUCAAAGAUUUGGAGGUUGACUACAAUAGGAGAGAUAGUGUGGAGAAAGGACUGGCUUUGUUCUCUCAGCUGAUUGGUAACAAAACAUUCCUCUUGACCUUUAUACGAACUCUGGAAACACAUAAAAAUUUCUCCAUGAAGGACAAAGUUAAUGUGGCAUCCUUGAUAUCAGUAGCAUUACAAACUAAAAUGGAAUAUAGUACAGAUAUAUUGAAAACUUUACUGAGUGAUUUAAUAGAAAGAUCCAUAGAUGGGAAGAAAGAACCUAAGCUUCUGUUUAGAAGGAAUGAAUCUGUAGCAGAAAAGAUGUUGACAAAUUGGUUUACAUUUUUAUUGUAUAAAUUUUUAAAGGAGGUUGCUGGUGAACCUCUGUUUAUGCUGUAUUUAGCUAUGAAACAACAAGUAGCCAAAGGUCCUGUAGAUUCUGCCACAAGUGAGGCAAGAUACUCACUGAGUGAGGAUAAACUUAUUAGACAACAAAUAGAGUAUAGACAGAUGACUGUUUAUGUCCAAGACAUGGAACAGUAUCAGGCUGCUCACCCGGUUAAAGUUCUAGACUGUGAUACUGUAUCUCAAGUGAAAGAGAAAAUAUUGGAUGCUAUUUAUAAAAAUGCUCCAUUUAGUAGUCGACCAAUCAAAGACGAUGUAGAUUUAGUGUUGUUUGAUCCAUCUUCUACAGAAUGGAACAGCGGCACAAAAGGUCGCUUAAUCUUACAAGAUGAUGACAACACGACAAAACAAGAAGGGGAGUACAGAAGGAUAAAUACUUUACUACAUUAUAAGGUUAAUGAUGGAGCCUACAUGUCAUUAGUGCCAAAACAGACAGUCCAGUUCAAUCAGUCCUCGCUGAAUUCAUCAGAGAAAUCAGGCUCCAAAUUCUAUGACAAUUUUCCUUUUUCUACCAGAAGUCCUUCAUUAAAUAGAACAGUUACGCCACAGAACGUAGCUUUAGAAAUGGAGAUUGCUGGUGUCAAUAAAGUUUAUCAUUUAGUGCGACCACAUGAAUCUGAAAACUUCAACAAAGAAGGAACAGAUCGUGGAAGCAAAAUGGUGUCUGAGAUCUAUUUGACGAGAUUACUAGCUACAAAGGGUACCCUACAACAGUAUGUUGACGACUUGUUUGAGAGAAUUUUCAGUAUUGCUCACCGAGGGAACGCACUCCCUCUUGCCAUUAAGUAUAUGUUUGAUUUCUUAGAUGAUCAAGCAUUGUUACAUAAUAUACAGGACCAAGAAGUUGUAUAUACAUGGAAAUCCAAUAGCUUGCCUCUGAGAUUCUGGGUGAAUGUGAUAAAGAAUCCAAACUUUGUAUUUGACAUUUAUAAAUCAAACAUUGUUGACUCGUGUUUAAGUGUAGUAGCUCAAACAUUCAUGGACUCGUGUUCACAGAGCCCCCAUCGAUUGGGGAAGGACUCACCUUCUAGUAAACUAUUAUUUGCUAAGGAUAUUCCUAAAUUUAAGAAAUGGGUGGAACGGUAUUAUCAAGAUAUUACGAUGAUGCCCGCCAUCAGUGAUCAAGACAUGACAGCCAUGAUGACUGAGGAAUCUAGGGUUCAUCAAGAUGAAUUCAACACUACAGCGGCAUUACAUGAACUGUAUAAAUAUGUUAUGAAAUAUAAUGAAGAGUUAUGGCAAGCAUUGGAAGAGGAUGAAUUUGCAAAGAAAAAUAGAUUGCAGUUCAAGUUAGAGCAAGUGAGGUUAGCGAUGGAUAAAGAAGUGUACUGCUGACAGAAAUCUCAGGACAUUUUAGUGCUAUGUUUACUGCUGUGAUAAUACAUAUUUCAUCAAUUCAUUUGUAUUCAUUUCUAACUGUAUAAAAAACAUGUACAUGUAGUCAGUUGCUAUGCUGUAAAAAGAGAAAAAGACUAUUGCAAAUAAUUUGUUUUUUAUGUUUAUUUUGAUAAUGUUUGAAAUUAUUUGUUGAUGAAAAUUGUUUCUACUUGUAUUAUAAGACUUUUGUGCCUAGAGAAGUUUUUCAUGAUUUUCUUAAUUUAAAAAGUUUUCUCUCUUUGUAUAAGAAAAUAUCAUCUUUGUUAAUAGUAUGGUUAUUGUAAGAAUUAUGGUUUGUAAGUUUGUAGGGGAGGAAUAUUUUUGAAGAAAUAGAAAAAAAUGGAUUUUUUUUAAUUAUAAAGGGAAGUAACUCUUUUUUUUUAACAUAAGUUAACAAGUGUGAUUUUCUUAUGUCAAUUAAGCAGUGAAAUAUGUAUUAUCCAGGAUGUUUUAUACAAAUGUUGUCAUAUUUUUACUGUUCCGUGCAGGACAUGGCAUUGCCACCGAUUUCAUUUCAUGGUGCCAUAAUUUUAAUGCUUUACAACAUUUUCUCUGAUAAAUUAUUUCUAUGAUAGCUUUGAUAGUUUGAUAUAAAGAUAUAUUUCUAUUAACAGUUUAGAAUUUGUAAAUUUGUUGAAGAAACAAAGCUCAGACUUUGAGGUGAAUUAAUGUUACCAAAUAUUUAAAUAGAAUUUGUAUAGAAAAAUCAUUUUUAUUCUGACAGAAGGCAGAAUGCUCACUGUUAAAAACUUUUAUCACUAGAAAAUCUGACCAUUGUGCCAAAGAUUUUAGUAUAGUGUUUUUGUAAUUUGUAAUAUGUUCAUAAUAUCAAAUUUAUAAAAACAAUAAUUAUGCAUGUUUUAUAUACGAUCUCAUUUUAUAUGUAUAUCUGUUUCCUCAGAUGUAUAUAACUGUCCAAUUUUGUCAUUUGUUAUAGCUUUAGAGGAAAGGGAAUUAUUUUCAUGAUUUUUCUUUCAUUAUUAGUGUAGACAACAUUGUUUAUAUUUAGAAUCAUAUCAUAUUUUACCAAAGAGAUGGAUUUGUUUACAAGUUACCAUGGUAACUAUGUAAUAAAAAAUAUUCCAGAAACAAAUUGCUGCAUAAGGUUUAAAUAUCAUUAUACAUAUUCAUUAUUCUGAACGGAGGGGAUAGUGAUGUGAAAACACUCCUUUUUAUCACAAAACUGUAUAGAUUUAAAAGGAUUUUUUUCCCCCUGUCGACUUGCACUUUUACCAUAAGAAUAUUUUUCUGUUUAACAGUACUCUUUACUGGUUGCAUUUCUAUGUAGAUUGUUUCAUGUUAAAAUUAGAAAAAAUAAAUACUUCUUAUGAUCUUCAUGCUCUUGCCAAAAUUGAAAAUUAUAACAGUUUUGCAUUAUUGAAAUGUUACACAAUUCUGUAUUUUUUUGCAACUUUUGAACAUAUACGGAUAAAGCAAUUAGUUUUCUUAGAUGAACGUUUAAAAAUGAAAUUUCUUCCAAAAAUUCUAAGCAAUAAAUAACUUAGGAUAGAUCCCCCCCCCCCCGAAAUAUGAAAUGAAAGAGAACAAUAAUCUGUACAGUCUAUGCAAUAUUUAGAAAUUAAUCUAAUUGAGUGGUGUUUUUAUGUAAAAUAUGAAUAUUAGUUUGACAAAUUUUUUAAGUUUGAAGAUUUGUGAUCCUUACAAGUUAAAUUUCAUUUCAUUUAGUCCAUAUACAUUAUUUUUUGCUAUAGGCAAAUAAGUUUCACUGUUGUAGAAUAGGAUAGGAAAUACACAUUGCAUUGGCUCACCUUGCCCUAAGUAGCUAUUUAUUUAGUAUUUCAGAACACCAAAAGUAUUUCAUCAGUAGUAUAGAAAUAAGGAGAAUUUUUUGCUAUAAAGAAAACAAUAUUUUUGUAACCUUUUUGAGAAUAAAUUUCUGCUAAAAAUAAUAACUCAUUUCUCCUCAUUUGAACAAAAUACUCAGUUUCAUAAUAAUAUAUACCAUCGGUUAUCUCAUGUCGACAGUCGUAUACCAAAAAAUUUAUGGCAUUAUUGUUAUCCAUAUAAAAAUAGCGGUGAAAAGUUUUACAUUUGACUUUUCAUCUAAACAGAAAUCUCAUAUAGCUAAUGCUUUCUGAAUUUGUUAUUCAGUAUUGUUAAAUUAUAUUAUAAAAUUUUACAGUACCCUUGGGAGACCGUUAUCAAUUGCUGUUGAUGAAACUUUAUAUUCAGUACAAAUUUAUACCUUGAAUGCUAAAUGGCUGGAUUUAGUAGUUUUACUUUUUUUUAUGGAACAAUCAUUAGAUGUUUCAAUCAUUUUAGUGUAAUUUUAAUUUUUGUAGAUUAAUUACAAUGGUGCUUGUGACAGAACAUUCCACUUGAGUUCUGUGAUUGUUUUGAUGUAGGGCAAUAUUUUUAAAUAUUUUUUAUAUUAACAAUAAGUUGAUGUUGUCCCCCAAAAUAGUAUUCAGAAACUUCCCACUCAUAAACACUUUAUACUUAAUACCUGUAUACCAUAUACACUGCAUAAGCUCCAAUUACCAAGUUGUGAAGUUUUGUUAUUUUGAAAUGAUUAUAUUUUAAUUCUUUUUACAAGGUCACAUAAAAACAAAAAAAGGUGGCUUUGAGAAAUUUUUAAGUUUGAUCUACCAUGUUUAUUUUUGUUAAUUUUUUACCAGUAAGGUUGCACUAAUUGAGGUUGAUAACAGACCACUAAAGCUGCUAAAAUAGAAAACACCCAGAAUGCAUCAGAUAAAAGGCCGUAAUUAAGUACCCCUUGGAUUAAAUUUACUUAGUACUGUAGUAGUGUUAAAAAGAUUUUAUAAAUUAUGAAGCUUUAACAGUAGGAAAGAAAUUUUCAAAGGAUUUUCAUUCAAAUGCAAGUUAUCUAUCUGUCUGUCAGCCAUUUUGUUUUGUUGUUCAAUAUUUGUUCAUUUUAUCUUUGACUGAUUUUAUGACAUGCAUUGACAUGUUUUUCAAAUGUUGAAAUAUUUUGUUGGUUAUUCAAUGUGUUCAUGUAGAUGUAGAUUUUGCAGCAUGUAGUUGUAGUUUUCAAAGAAAUAAUUAAAGGUUUGAAAGUAUUUUUGCAUAAAUAUUUGUUCAUAUUGAUUUAAAGGUUUAUAAGUAUCUUGCCAAUACUGCAGAUGAAUCGAGAUUGUGUGCUAUACAAGAACUGAAUUUUGCUGGUUGUUUUUGUUCUAGUUUGAUUUUUCUCCAAUAGUAUUCCAAAACUGUUGUCAUUUUGAAAUAAUUGACCCUGAAAAGUGUUUUCGUUUCAAUAAUGAUUGUAAUAUGCAAAAAGUAGGUUGUUUUAAAAUGUUUUUGCUUUAAUUUUGAAUGUAGUUUUAUUUUUCACUAGUUAAAUAUUUCAAACAGUGCUAAAUUGUUUAAUAUUUGCUCAGAUUUAACUAUGCAAAUGUAGUUGAUAUAGGGCUUAUGGUAUGUGUAUUUUUAGUGUAUUGUGCUUUGAUGAAAAAAGUCAUUUAUUCAAAUUUUUAAAAUUUGAUCACAGUUUUUGUAAUGAGAAAAGAGAAUACAAUUUGUAGUUGACAUUAUAAAGUUAUUGCUUAUGUGUGAUAACUCUUGAAUGGUUAGGGUUAAAAAUUCUUUUAAAAAAAGUGAAAUAUUUUGGAAAAAAGGUCAGGAUUGAAAUAUCUAAAAUACCGAAAGUUCAAAAUUUGUUUCAUACAUUUAUUAAUGUAAUUGUAGAGCGAUGGAAAAAUUAUGAGAUUAAUCAGUGCGAUUUCAGUAAUUGAAAAAUUCUGCUUGCAAAAUUUUACUGAUCCUAUCACAAUUUUUGCAAUAUUUAAAACAUGGUUAAAAAAUUAUGAAUUUACAGUAUUUUCAUUUUUCCAGUAAUAAAAUCAUAUGUCUUCUACCUAUUUCUGAGUGAUCAUGUGUAUGCAAUAACUAUUAGUUGCACCAUAACAGAAAUUUAUGAAUGUUGAUUGUUUCAACGACUAUUUUCCAUGUAUGUAGAAUUUUAUACAAAAGUAAAUCAUGUACAUUCAUAAUUCUGAAGAAUGCAAAAAAUUCAGAAUCUUCAAAUUACAAUUUGUAACCUUUUCAGUAUAAAGUUUUGGAUAUUAGUUCUUCGUUUCAAUUUCCAUUCUGAAAUAGCUUUUAAUUUUUGGAAAAUCAGUAUAUAAUAAGUAAUUACUAAGUAUACCUUUAUUUAGUUCCAUCCGUGUAGAAUCUCAUUUCAUUCUAAAAAGCUAUUAUGAAAUUAAAAUUGCACUCAUUUCACAGAUAGCCACAUUACUCAAAACGGAACAAUUUUCAUAUAUUUAUUAACGGUAAAUCGGUCAUUACUCAAAACUGAACCAUUUUCAUAUAUUUAUUACCGGUAGAUUGGUUAAACUAUCAAAACUUUAAUAUUAGAAAGUACACUCUUGUAGAUUUAUCUUUUGGAUAUACAGUUUAUACUUUAAAUUUAGGCUUAAGUGUUGGUAAACAUAAUUUAUAAAUGAUUUAUUUUUCUUGCAUUAUACUACAAACUUAUGAGCAUAGGUUGAUUCUAGUCAGAAAUAUAACCACAGAAAUAUUAUAUAAUAUUUAUGAGACUGAUCAUGUACAAAUAUAGUUUUAGUAAUGUUUUUUUCUUAGCUUAAUAAGAAAUUUACAAGAAUUUUAAAAUAUUGAAAAAUAUUUCAAAUCAUGAGCAUGUAGUAUGGACAGAUGUCUAAAAAUAAUCACUGUGGAAUCCACUUCUCAGAUUGUAUAUGGAACUUACUUCCUUGUUGAAAGUUUAUUUAUAAUUUUUUAAUUUUUAGGAUUUCUUUCAAAUAAGGGUGUAGUUUUUAAUGCAAUUUCAGAAAGUAAGGAUACUUUUAUUUAGGGUACAGUAUAUGAAUUCCUAUUUUAUUAACAAUCUCAAAUUCCUUCAUUAAAGUUAAUGGUUUGGACAUAUGAGUACAUAUUUUACUGCAAUAGUAAAAUGACAUAUCAACACAAUAUGUUUACCAAAAAUUUCAUAAAAAUCAUUUUAAAAAUUGAUUAGGGUGAAAUUAAAUAUUUUAUAGAAGUAUUCCAAACAGUUAGAGUCAGAAGUGGAUUCCUUACAAUAAAAAAUAGUUGAAUAGGGACUUGUGCUGCAAAGAAAGAAUUAUUGUAAGCCCAUAUCAUCAGAAAAUAAAUACUUGUUUACAGUAGCGUAUAUUUAGUCAGUAAUGUAAACAGGAAGUAUUUUGAAGUGUGUGAAAGUUGAAAAAUGGUUGUAAAAUUUUUAUCUUAAGUUGUAUGAGAAUAGAAGCGUUUUGUAGUAAUUUUGAUAUAUAAGAAAAUGUCAAAAACUGUUGAAAUUUAUAAAAAUAAAAAUAUAAGUAUGA